AUGGACACCCCACCGCCCUCGCCUCCACUCCGAAAAGAACUGGCAACUCUUCUUCUAUUUUCAGCCGGACAUGAGGAGUCUCUCAAGAUUGCGGUGAAAGGUUAUAAGGACCUAUUAAACUCUCAACCAUCCAUCUUACAACGCGUUGCUCAUACUCUUACUCAUCACCGGAAGCACCUGAAAUAUCGUAGUUUCGUUGUAGUCACGGACGAGUACGAAAAGCUGGUCUUUAAUCAACCACCUUUGGCAAGCUUCAGAUCAAACACCCGAAAUGAGGGUAUCGCAUUUAUUUUUACCGGCCAGGGGGCUCAGUGGGCUCGAAUGGGUUCCCAUUUGUUGAAGACCAGCCGGGAAUUCCUUCAAGAUAUUCGGGAGAUGGAUAUCGUAUUGAAAGGUCUCCCGCGGGAACAUCGACCUAGUUGGGACAUAAAAGGUAAAUUCAUCUACUCCUUUGGUUCAGUUCAUGGCAUGAAGAGUUGGGCUAAAGGUGAUAAUUCAGGGGAGCUUAUGCGAUCUGAGACUCUGUCCCGGCUGGGAGAGGCUGAGUUUGCGCAGCCAGUAUGUACCGCACUUCAAAUCGCUUUGGUUAAACACCUUGCAAGAUAUAACGUUAAACCAAAAGCGGUGGUUGGACACUCAAGCGGUGAAAUUGCAGCUGCAUAUGCAGCUGGAGUGCUUACCAUGAAAGAAGCCAUUAUCGUAGCCUACUAUCGCGGGCUUUCUGUCAAGAAGCUGAAGAGCAAAGGCGCAAUGGCAGCUAUCGGUCUAGGUAGAGGCGAGGUUACGGUCUUCCUAGUGACGGGUGUCACAAUUGCCUGUGAAAACAGCAGCACCAGUGUCACUCUAUCUGGAGACGCCGAAGCUCUUGACCGCGUGUGCCUGUCAAUUAGGAAGGCGAAGCCCAAUGCAUUUGUCCGUCUUCUCAAAGUAGAUAAGGCAUAUCAUUCCCGCCACAUGAGUGCCGUCGGCGCAGAAUACCAAGCCCUUUUGAAGCCACAUCUCAAGCCCUGUUCACCCACAAUCUCAUUCUUCUCCAGUGUUUCAUCCACGAAGCUCGAGCAGGCUUCAGACUUUGGUCCUGGGUAUUGGCAACAUAACUUGGAGUCUACGGUACUUUUCCGUCAAGCCGUCACGAAGCUUCUCCAGACUUGCCCGACAGAGUUACACCUUGAAGUCGGCCCACACUCUGCACUCGCAGGGCCUCUCAAGCAAAUUUAUUCUGAAACUGCUGUCUCGCCAGCUUAUGCUUCAGUACAGAAGAGGGGCGAAAAUAGCAUGUUUUCGUUUUUAGCAGCUGUUGGUGAACUACACUGCCGAGGCUUCUCCGUCCGAUUCCCUAAGAUAGAUGAUAUUCGCCCACUGACAGAUUUACCGCCAUACCCAUGGCAUCGGAGUUUGACCUACUGGCCUGAUUCGAGGAUUAUAAAGGGAUGGCAGUUUCCGGAACACCCACCACAUGAGCUUCUUGGCUCACGUGUCCUUGAGGGAGCUAGUGCGAUACCCAGCUGGCGUUGUGUAUUGUCUCUCGACAAAGUCCCUUGGUUGAAAGAUCAUUGCGUCGGCCCAGAUGUUGUUUACCCCGCUGCAGCAUACGUCACGAUGGUUGGGGAAGCUAUCCAGCAGCUGUGUAAAACUAAGGCUUUCACCAUUCGUGAUUUAUCGAUCACGAACGCUUUAGUUUUAACCCAGGGACAACAUGUUGAAAUCCUGACAUCAGCCCGGCGGGAGCGUCUCACCCGAGCAGAUGACUCAGAGUGGUGGGAACUCAGCAUUCAAAGCUGGAAUUCGACGAAAACAUGGACCACGCACUGUACCUGUCGAGCUAAGGGUGGCCGGACUUCUAAGAAACCAGAACUAUCGACUGUGAAAGGACACACUUUUCUACGUACUGCCCCAAGCCGUCACUGGUAUAAAGCAAUGUCCAGGGUAGGGUACAACUACGGCCCUCAUUUCAGAGGCAUGCAAACCAUCCAAGCAAGUGUCACUCACCCUGCUGCUCUCAUUGACGUAUCUUUUGAAGGUGCGUCCCAAAAGGAGAAUGAUAUCAAAAGCUAUGGACUGGAUUCUAGGAUAAUAGACCAAGUUUUUCAGUCUUUGGUGGUGGCCGCCCACUCUGGCCAGCCUCGCCUGCUACAGAAGCUACAUCUCCCAACACAGAUCCAAGAAAUUUUCAUUGAUGGCUUAGACGCUUCAGAACCACUACAGAUAAAGACUCUGGCGACCGGUGCUAGUGGUGUUUGUCAAGGUGAAGCGCUGGGAGUAUGGGCUGAUGGCAUUAAUGAGUCCCCUGUGGUGUUCAUGAAGGGCAUGUGUUUCUCUUCAGUCAACCUCGAGAAUUCAGACACCAGUCCGAUUCGCGAAACGAAAGCAUCUCACGUAUCACUAAAACCAGAUAUCGACCUAGCCGACUCGGGAAUCUUGGUCUCAUCCCGGGCCACCGAGGAAUUUUCUGUCGUGCAUCAACUUUUGGAAGAGCUCUUCGUUCAUUGCGGCUCUGCUAUGGUCCAUGAACUCACUACUUUUGAACAUGGCCCAGAAAUUCAACCUCAUUUGAAGAAGCAUUUAGAUUGGUUGAAAGCACACAUUUCUCUCGCCAAAUACCGACGUGAUUUGACACAGGAGGAGCGCAAAUCUGAGAUUGAGAUGAUCUCUACCCGCCUCAAACAUACGCCAGCAUCUUCAGCAGCUAUUCUUAUCAAACGCUGCUACAGUCAUGCUCGAGCCCUCUUCGCGUCAGAAACAACGCCCCUUGAGGUAUUUUUGCAAGGCAAUGCACUUCACGAGCUCUACGACUGGAUGAACACAUUGUUUUCCUACAGCACUUUGCUUCAGCUUUUGUCUCACAAGAGGGGUAGACAUCUGAGAAUAUUGGAGAUUGGUGCUGGCACUGGCGGUCUGACUGCUCGAAUAUUAAGUAGUCUCAUGGCCUUCUUUGAAGACGGCAAGGUCGUUGGCAAGUAUGACUUCACGGAUGUCUCAGCUGGGUUCUUUCCCGCGGCAAAAAAGCGCUUUGAGAAGAUUCCCUCCAAUUUCUUGGACUAUCGUGUGCUAGAUAUUAGUCGGGACCCGAUUGAUCAAGGCUUUGUUGAGCAGGAGUACGAUCUUAUCGUUGCCAGCAAUGUUCUCCACGCCACCCCUGACCUUGACGCAACCCUACGACAUGCUAGAUCGCUACUAAAGCCUGAUGGGCGGUUGCUCCUGCAUGAGCUCUGCUCAGACACGAAAUGGAUAAAUUUCAUCAUGGGAUAUCUUCCAGGAUGGUGGCUUGGAGCGGGUGACAGUCGGCCUGACGAGCCAUAUAUCUCACCUGAGAAAUGGGCAGACCGACUUUCAGCAGCGAGAUUCUCUCCUCAGAAUAUCUUCUACGAUGAUGAUACAGAGUACAGGCUUAAUGCCACCAUCAUUGCGCGGCCUGCGUGUGCCGAUUCAGCGACGAGACCACUAAAGCGGCGAAUCACAUUGCUAUAUGAGCAUGAUAAGUUCCAUCCGGUUGUAGAGACACUUCGCCAGACGCUUGAAGAAAAAGGCCACUCAGUUGUCUGUAGCAACAUGGAAUCAGUCGACAUCGAAACCAACUGUACUGCUGUGUCAGUAAUCGACCUCUGCCGUAAUGGCGGAUAUUUCAACGACAUGACGCAGGAGAAACUAGAGGCCUUUCAGCACCUACUUCAGAUCUUGCAAUCCAGGAACUCUGCUCUGCUUUGGUUGACGAGAUCUUGUCAGUUAAACCCAACCAAUCCAACAUAUGCCCCAGUUCUUGGUGUCGCAAGGACUGUACGCGUUGAGAUGGGUCUUCCUUUUGCUACACUAGAGGUCGACGAUGUCCAUCAAGAUGCUAUUGAAUCUGUUUCCAAGACUCUGGAGAGUAUUCAUGACCAAAGAAAAGUAUCAUCAAGCAGCUCCGUCAAAGAUAUGGAGUUCGUAUACUCAUGCGGUAGUAUUCUCAUACCCCGUUACCAGUGGACAUCUAUCUCUCAGUCUCUCCAAGCUUCCAGCCCUCCAGCACCGUCAAAGGCACUCCGCAUUGAGAGAUUAGGGGCACUUCAAACACUUCACUGGGCUUCUUGCAAGUUGCCACAGCAACUCUCACCCGACCAUGUGGAAAUCAAAGUUCACGCAGCUGGUCUAAACUUCAAAGACGUCAUCACAGCAAUGGGUCUGAUUCGGCCCUCAAGUCCCCAUGGUUUGGGCUGUGAAGCAAGUGGAGUUGUUACAGCUGUAGGCGCAUCAGUCUCGAAUCUUCGUGUCGGAGAUCGCGUGAUGGCUUUCGCUCCCGAGGCAGGCUGUUUAUCGACUGACCUUCAAAUCCCAGCACAGCUCUGCGCGCGCAUCCCUGAUUCCCUAAGUUUUGCUGGUGCCGCCGGAAUGCCGUGUAUCUUUAUUACCGUCUUGCGUGCAUUGGUAGACAAAGCCUGUCUUCAAUCUGGCCAGAGCGUACUCAUACAUAGUGCCGCUGGCGGUGUCGGCAUUGCUGCCCUCCAAGUUGCCAGAUGGGUCGGAGCCACCGUUUACGCUACUGUUGGCAGCGAUGAGAAGGCGGAAUUUUUAUCGCGGGAGUGGAAUAUUCCGAGGGAACGCAUAUUCUCUUCCCGAAAUCCAGGCUUUGUCGACGGAAUUAAGUCCGCAACAUGCAACCGUGGCGUGGAUGUUGUUCUCAAUUCACUCUCGGGCGAGCUACUUCACAUGUCUUGGGACUGUGUGGCACCACAUGGUGCCUUCAUCGAACUGGGCAAACGAGACACCCUCGCUGGUGGUAAACUUUCCAUGGCUGCCUUUGAUGAAAACCGAUCCUUCGUCGGCGUCGAAAUGGCGAACCUCGCCUCGCAGAACCCCAACAUCAUCUGCCAUCUUCUGGAACGGACCGUUGAGCUUUAUAAGCAAGGCGUUAUCACGCCUGUUCAGCCGAUUCACAGUUUCUCUUGUCAAGAAGUUGAGGGGGCAUUUAGACAUCUCUACACGGGAAAGCAUAUUGGCAAGGUCGUCGUGAAUCUCAGCGAAGAAAGUCAAACGACUUUGGGAAGUACUUGUACCAUACCCACUCCAGAGUUCAGACCCGAUGCUGCAUACAUGCUCGUGGGUGGAAUGGGUGGUCUUGGUUCCUCAAUGGCUCGGUGGAUGGCUUCUCAUGGCGCACGAGAUCUCCUUUUUGUUUCUCGGUCUGCCGGCAAAAGUGAAAGCGAUCAGCGUCUACUAGCCGAGUUACGAGAAAUGGGCUGCGAAGCUACCGCUGUGCCUUGCGACAUCACUGAUGAAUCAACUGCAAAUGAGAUGAUAUCAACGAUAUUGUCAUCCAAGGUUAUCUCCGGCGUGGUCAACCUAGCGAUGGUUCUUUCGGAUGCAGAACUACCUGCUCUCACGAUUACGCAAUGGGAAACGGCCACUGCCCCAAAGAUUCGAGGGACAUGGAAUCUUCAUCGACUCUUACCUCGCAAUAUGGAUUUCUUCGUCCUCUUAGGCAGCACAUCAGGGAUUCAUGGAUAUCCUGGUCAGGCUAACUAUGCGGCUGCGAACGCCUUUCUAGACAGCUUUGCGCAAUAUCGGCACGGACUUGGACUGCCAUGCUCCGUAGUUGACCUCGGAGGUGUGGAAGAUGUGGGUUAUGUCAGCCGAACACAAGGGGUUGAGGAUACUAUGAGAAAAGCUGGUGUCAAGUUGGUUUCCGAGACGGACAUGUUGAGGGCUGUGCAACUUGCCAUCACGCGAUCACAACCACGGAACAACGAACUGCAAUCUGGCAAGGAAAUUGCUUUCAACAGCCAGUUCGUUGUUGGGCUAGACUGUACUAUUCCAAUCGACGACUCCGCCACCAGAGUGGUCUGGAGACAAGAUCCUCGGAUGGUUUUCUAUCCCAAUGAUUCGAAUAGUCACGCAAUGGAAGAGAAAGAGAGAGAACCGGGCUUAUCAAACCUCAUAUCCCGCCUGCAACAAAAUCCACAAGAGCUGGACGCACCCGCAACAGUCUUGCGCUUGUCCGCCGAAAUCGCAAAGAGAGUAUUUGGUUUUCUGAUGCGAGAAGUUGACGGGAGCGCUAUUGACAUCGGCUUAUCGCCGUCGGAGCUUGGAGUUGACUCACUCAUGACUAUUGAGAUCCGUAACUGGUGGAAGCACACGAUGGGUGUGGACCUUCGAACAGCUGGGUCAUUUGGCUGUGUCACAGCUUAA